AUGGAUGAUGACACAAGAUCCACCCUGGCUCCUAUCAAAGAAGCUGCAUUAAAAGGACAUACGCACGUGGUCAAAUAUUUGUUGUCUCAUGCUCCAAACCUCCACGCCUAUCCCUCUUCAGUCCUUCCCUUUGCCGCUGUAUCCGGUGAUACAACCUUGGUCUCGAUGCUCCUUGGGCAUGGGGCAGACAUUGACUACAAGUACAUUGAACAACAUGAUCCUAGGGAGGCUCUAAAUCCAUAUGGAGGACGAGGACACGAAUCAACAGCAUUAUCAAUCGCAGCCAGAUACGGCCAUCUAGCUCUGGUGAAUUUUUUACUCGCCAACGGCUCCGACGGUAAUCUCAAAACGGGGUUCCCUGAUCUCUGCACGUCUCCUUUGUACUUAGCACUCGAGAAAGGCCACGACGAGGUUAUCAAAGCGCUUUUGGCUCACGGUGCCUAUCUGGAAGAUGGACAUUUAUGGGAAGUUAUCUUGCAAUGCAACAAGAAAACCCUAGAAAUGCUGCUCGCCAAGCAUGGAACAGACAAAUGCCAGAUCAAUCUCUUAGAGGUUGCAGCAGAGGUUGGCGACACGGAAAUAUCCCAGAUGCUGUUGGGUAAAGGGUUUGACCAAGAACAGGCUUUAUUUACAGCAAUCGAACACGGUCAAGAGGAAAUCGUCACCCUCCUCCUGGUGCAUGGAACAGAUCCUGAUUUACCAAGCAUCCGCGAAAGUGCAAUCAGCAAAGCAAUUAUUCAACGUCAUAUCGGCAUCAUGGAAGUAUUAUUGCGCCAUGGAGCUAAGAUCUACCCUGAGAACCUGAAAUCCGCGAAGACUUUUGCCCCAGAGCAUAUAGGAUGGUUGGCAGAACAGUUCCCUGUGCAUUCCCUCAGCAUAAGGGCUAUGUUUCCCGCUUUGUAUAAUGUCUGGGAGGAGGGAUGGCGAUCAUGA